CACCUCUGGUCUGAAAGACGUUGGUGGACAUAUGAGGCUGGAAGGAUGGCUGAAGCAGCCCAGAAAUGGAAAGCGUGGUCAGGGCUGGGAGAGGAAGUACGUGGUGCUGGAUGGAUGUAAAGUGAUCACCUACGAGACAGAACCAAGAGACGAGUCGGUGAAGCCGCUGGAUGAGUUUGAGUUGUGUCUCUCUGAUGGAGAUGUGACUGUUCAUUCUGCUGUCGGUGCUACUGAGAUGCCCAACACGGCCAAGACAGAUGUGCCGUAUGUGGUGAAGUUGGAGUCGUCUCCGCAGUCGACAUGCUGGCCCGGUCAGACUCUGUACCUCAUGACCUCGGGGUUUUCUGAGAAACAGCGCUGGGUGGCCGUGCUGGAAGCCAUUGUGGCCAGCAGUCGUGGGGCGAGAGAGAAAGCCGAAGCAGACGCUGUGAGUGAGAGGAACCUGAAACACCCACAGGCCGUUCAUAGUGACAUUUAAAGAGUCAGUGCAGUGACAUGCAAGGCAGAAACUGUAGGUUUGUCUCUUCUUACCAGUACAGCGGGAUGCAGGGAAACAUACUGAUAACAGGGAUGCAAACUCACCAUGGGUGAAAAAGUUGACAAAG